AUGUCCGUGCAAUUCCCAGAUCCAACGAAGACAAGACAAGCCCUUGAAAAAACGCACAUAACCACUUAUAAGAAUGCCAGAAAAGAAUGCAAAGCCAUUCCACAAAAACGCCGAAGAAACACGAACAUUCUGCAAGACCACCCCACAAGUCAUCAGCGACGCAAAAUCAAUUCACGAAAUCUAAUG